AGGCGAGAGAGAGGCAGCCUGGGGAAAGGAAAAAUGCACGUUGAGCUUUGUUGUGGAAAUCCUGGUUACCUGGUAUAAAUCCUACACCAUGGGUAAUUUACUGGACCUGGUCUGAAAGGAGUGACCAGUGCCACUGGAUUUAUUGACCCCUAGCCCCUGGCUUUUCACAAUGAAUGGAAGGUCAUGCAGCAUGAAUCUCCACCGUACAUCAGGCACUCCACAGGGACCAGGGAUGAUCAGUGGUCAGCACAUCCCCCCUGUCAGAGUUCCAUCAGGGACAUCUUGCUCAUCAUCCAAUGGCAGCACCCCCAGCCCUGCUGUUGGAAGCCUCCACCUCAAGCUGCCCUUAGGAGGAGGGGUAGCUCCUCAGAGCAACUCAGCUGAUAGCCCCAUCCACCUUCCAGCACUGAGCCCCAGGAGACAAGUGGUUACCAAUGGGAAGCCUCUAUUCCAGGUUCCUCAGGGGCCAGGGAUGCCAAUGCCACAUUCUUUGAAGCCAAAACAGCAGGACUUUGGAAACGCCUUUCCUACUAAUCCAGGGAAAGGGGGUCUUGGCUAUGGGCCUCAGUGCAAGUCCAUUGGAAAAGGCAGCUGCAACAAUCUAGUGGUCACCAGCAGUCCCAUGAUGGUUCAACGGCUGGGACCCAUAUCACCUCCUGCAAGCCAGGUCUCUACAGCAUGCAACCAGAUCAGUCCUAGCUUACAGAGGGCAAUGAAUGCAACCAACAUGAAUAUACCUCCUUCAGAUACCAGGUCUCUUAUGUCACGGGAGUCUUUGGCAUCCACGACUUUGAGUCUGUCAGAAAGUCAGUCAGCCUUGAGUGUGAAGCAAGAGUGGUCUCAUGGCUACAGGACUCUUCCUUCCCUUCCUUCCAACUCAGGCUCUCAGAAUGGCAGUGAUCUAGGAGACUUACUUAGCAUCCCACCUGGGACACCUGUGUCCAACAGUAGUGUCUCCAAUUCAUUGCCCUCCUAUCUUUUUGGCAUGGAAAACAGUCACUCCCCUUACCCUAGCUCCAGACACUCUUCAACCAGGUCUCACUCAGCCCGUUCUAAGAAGAGAGCUCUUUCCCUUUCCCCUUUGUCUGAUGGCAUUGGCAUUGACUUCAACACCAUCAUCCGGACCUCCCCAACAUCCUUAGUUGCCUAUAUCAAUGGUUCCCGGGCAUCACCUGCCAAUAUCUCCCCACAACCAGAGGUCUACGGACAUUUCCUAGGAGUGAGGGGUAGCUGUAUUCCACAGUCAUGUUCUAUCCCAAGCUCUCAACGAAGUCUUCUGGUGACCAGUGGCAGUCUUACAAUCCCUGCUUACAAUGAGAAUGGGGUGGUAGAAUACCAGCGCAUGCAGCAGCUAGAGCAGAGCAGCUUACAGUCAGCAAUUAUGAACAACAUGGUGGUACAGCAGGGUCUACCUGCUUCAGACAGCCAGCCAGCUGGUUUAUUAAAAAGUGAACGAUUGGAUGAAUUCCCAGGUGGUGCCAUUGAUAUUCCUCCUCCUCCCCCACCUCCUCCUUUGCCACCACCACCACCACCACCACCACAAGGGCCCCCACCCCCUUACCAUGCCCAUCAGCACCUUCACCAGCCUGAGCUUCUUCACCAUCCCCACCCACUUCCUUUGCCCCCUUCUGCCCAAGGUCCCCAGCAGGAGGAGGAUGGAGAAUUAGAUGAUUUUAACGGAAAACACUGCUGUCGCUGGAUUGACUGCAGUGCCACAUAUGACCAACAGGAGGAGCUUGUACGGCACAUAGAGAAAGUUCACAUAGACCAGAGGAAAGGAGAGGACUUUACUUGUUUUUGGGCAGGCUGCCCUAGAAGAUACAAGCCAUUCAAUGCCCGAUACAAACUGUUGAUCCACAUGAGAGUCCACUCAGGAGAGAAGCCAAACAAGUGUACGUUUGAGGGCUGCAAGAAGGCCUUUUCGAGGCUAGAAAAUCUCAAGAUUCACCUGAGGAGUCACACAGGAGAGAAACCAUACCUGUGCCAGCAUCCAGGAUGUCAGAAAGCCUUCAGUAACUCCAGUGACCGAGCCAAGCACCAGAGAACCCAUCUGGACACUAAACCUUAUGCAUGUCAAAUUCCAGGAUGUACCAAACGCUACACAGAUCCAAGUUCCCUAAGAAAGCAUGUCAAGGCACAUUCUUCCAAAGACCAACAGGCAAGAAAAAAGUUGCGGUCAAGCAUGGAGCUCGAUCAAGAUAUCUUCAAUAAUUGCCUCACCAUUCAGCCUCUCCAACCUACCACUUCCCCACAAGAUGUUGUAGAUGGUACCAUGGGAAGAUCUCCAGGAUCUGUCCACGACAUCUAUUCAGCCACGAUUUUCUCCAGCACUCACUCAAGCCGGAGUGGAACAGCUGCUGGGGCUGGGCCUCCCCCACAUCCCGUCAGUCACCCUUCUCCGGGACAUAAUGUACAGGGGAGCCCCCACAACCCCUCCUCCCAGUUACCUCCUCUCUCGGCUGUGGACUCAGGAACUGAAAGGUUUGCCCCUUCUGCUCCAUCUCCCCACCAUAUCAGCCCCCAGAGAAUGCCAGCCCCUCCUUUGGUCAUGCAGAGACCACCACCUUCCCAUGUUCAGCAGUCAGCAGGAUCACACUUGAAGUCAUACCAGCCAGUAACGAGUUCUUCCUUUCAACCAAAUGGCAUCCAUGUCCAUGGGUUCUACGGGCAGCUGCAGACAUUUUGUCCCCCCCAUUACAGUGAUCCUCAGAGAAACAUGACCCAUGGCAACUCCUGCAAUAUGGUGCCUUCCUUAGAAGACUGCCUUGUCCCUGCACCCGUGGGCCAGGCAGGGUUCGAUGUUUUCCACAGAGCUUUUUCAGCUCAUUCAGGCAUUACAGUGUAUGAUCUGCCAUCAGGCCCCACUGGUAUCUUUGGAGAGUCUCUACGAAAUGGACCUGAAGAUUCCACCUUCCUACAGAUCAGUGCUGUGGAUCGCUGCCCCAGCCAGCUCUCUUCUGUCUAUACCGAAGGCUAAAAGCCACCCAGGCAUCUAAUGCUCAUCCCCAAAUCCUCUGCUUCAAAUCUCCUUCACCUUCAUCCAGUCAGGACUCCAAGUGCCGGGGUUUGCAAAGCCAAGGGGCACAGAAGGAUCCUUGCAGAAGAGGAAUGGGAGACACGAGUCCUCACCAAGCCUUCAGAAACUCAGCAGUCAUGUCUCUUUCUCCUUCUGUUUGCCUAGUUAUGUGACAACCCCAACUAUCUAUUCAAAGGGAAUUCAAAGACUGAAUGAGAAAGUGGGUGUUGUUGGGAGACUUUUCACAUGGAACCACUGAAAUCAUGAAAGAAAAAAAUUCAGGCUUGGUUUGGGGACAAUCCUCUUUUCAUACAAGGACAUUGAGGCACAGUACAAGCCUCUUAAGGCACAGGGCUAUGCCAGGCACAUGCCUCUGUGGUGCUUCUGCAGCUAAGCAAAGCCAAACAUAAAAGGGAAAAAAAAGUAAGAGCUUCUGACAGAUGCCUCUGGUAGCACCAUCUCCCAGAGGCCCUCCAGGGAUGCCCUCUGUCCCCAGGAUCUCCAGCAAGCUUGGUUCAGCUCUCCCAUUUUAUACCCACAGGCUUACCAGUAGAUUGCUUUUUGAUAUUUCUCUAAUUACAUUAUUUUAUGCAGUGAAUAAAAAGAAUCUGUCAAGUACAGUGACUUGAAAGACAACUUACUUUUAUCCCAGCAAUUCUUCCACUUGUGAGAAUUAGGGUACCUUUUUGUCACUUAAAAGAAGAAAAAACAAACAAAAAACCCAACAACAACUUUCCUGUGGCCUGUUUCUGACAUGGCCAAGUAAAUAAAUAAAGACCCCUACUUAUAUUUCCCCAGCCUUUAAAAUCCUGCCCACACAGACCCAGCAGUGCUUGGGAGUACUUUGAUCUUUCAGUUUUGUAGUUAGCAGAAGAUGAGUGGCUGAAUUAUAUUAGCUAUGUUCCUCCAGCACUGAAUGCAAAGUCUUAAAGUUGAUUUAAUUCAGCAAGAUUUGGGCCUCCCAUUCCAAGGAGCUUGUGCUUAGAGAAGAGCUACAAACAGAUAAAUUAAAUCCUAUUUUGGUGCUCUGGCCAGGUGAGACAUUGGCAGGCCUUUGGCAGGAUGAGGUAGAGGGGAGCUGAGAGGAAGGAGGGAGGUUCCAGAGAUGGCAUCUGUAUGGGACGAAAUGAAUGGGGGACUAAGGUGAACAGUCACUCUGUAAAUACUGUCCUCCCUCCUCUUCCAGCCUGGUACUGUUCUCUUUGCUCUUCCUUUUCCCCUUCUCUCCAUCUCUUCCCUACCUAUCUGUCUCCUCCUCCUCCACAAUCCCAGCUUAGGCCCAGGCCACUCCAAUCCUAACACCCAGUUACCAGCUUUGGAGAGAACUGGUAAGAAACCAGUUGAAAGUGAUAAUGGAGGAAGUUUGAGACAUGGGAUACAUAUUAGGGGAUGGAAGACAGAUGGGAAGCCACCAUUUUUGAAAUGCUAGCUCGGAAGCCCAGAAUUUAAAUUUUGCCCUAUCUUGGUACAUAAAUUUCAAGACUAGGUGGAAAGCUACUAUUUCUGAUAUCUUUUUAAAAGUAAAAUAUUCUGGGGCAACUAGGUGACAUAGUGGAUAGAGCA